AAAGCAUCAAUCAAUUGCCGUCACCGAGCAAAGAUGCAACUCAAUCUUGGAGCGAUUUUUCUGGCGCUGCUGGGAGUAAUGGCCACCAUGGCCCCAACGGUCCUGUCAGAACCUCAUCGUCAGCAGGGACCCAUUUUCGACACGAGGCCGUCGCCCUUCAAUCCUAACCAGCGAAGACCAGGCGGAGUUUAUUGAAGAGUACUGCUGCUGAUGUCGUUAACACAUAGAGCAAACUAAUACAAUUAAAGCAAAACUGAACAUCAAA